AUGAACCCUCCCCGUCCGCGCAAACCUGCGCCACCGCCUCUCGCUUCGCCUCCCUCGUGUGAUCGCCCUCUCGAUGCCUUCGAGUCUCCACCUGACUAUCCUCCACCGUCCUCUCAAGACGCAAUCUCCUCGCCCUCUCCCUUCUUCCCAUCUGUGUUCCCUUUGCCCAGUAUCGUGGUCUCCUCGCCCGAUCGCAGUCCGCAAGUUUAUCCAUCUACCGAGCCCGCAACCUUGACCGUGCACGAGCAGAACUCUGCCCCUGAUUCUGAAUCAAGCUCAGACGUGUCCAGCAUCGAGUUUUUAUCUCUGGACUCCUCGCAGGGAUGGAAAAUGGAUCGGGAGCUGGGACCGGGACUAGACGAGAGAGUCGUGAGGGAGUUCGAGCGCCAGCGUGCCGCCGAGUCCGUAUCUGUGCUCGCCACCCCGCGCCCGUCAGUGCCGAGCGUGGCGUUGCCACCGUCUCCCCGAAUGCGGUUGCGGUGCUGCUCGCACUGCGGAUCCGUGUGUCCGCAGGAUGGCGAGGACGAACAUGCCAACGACCACGGGAUUUCGAUGCACCGGAGCCCCCGCUCGCAAAAGACGACGGGACGGUCCCCUUCUGACGAUUUCGACUUCACGACGCCGCCGUCAUCGCCCAUGACUAGCAGCCCUACCUCCAUUCUGGGCUUCUCGAGCCCGUGGGCGAGCAGUGUCACGCUGUCGUUGAGCCGCAGGCCUAACGCUACGUUAGGCCGCCCGACUUUCCGCCCCUGUAUCCCUUCCUUCCUCCCUCAUUUCGGUCCCUCGGCUAUCUCAAAAGAUCGCCCGACAUCGAAUCUACCAACUACCCGAAGAUACAGUUCGACGGAGAUCUGGGUCGCCGUGGCCACCGGCGGCAAUCCGCCGACUUUCCCACCUCGCGCGUCUUCGACUCCUCGAUUUUUUCUCGUCCUCACCCUCUACCCCUGGCCUCAUAUUGUAUAUCGUCCGAUAGCCUGGCCAUCUGGCUUCAAGGUACUACCGAUUUGGGGAGGGGUUCAAGAGUUUGGUCGACGAUACAGCCGGGCGAAGUGGCGGGGUGCGCGCCGGCGCGCCCUUGGGUCCGGUAGACGAAGGUCGUGGCUACAAGGUGCCACCCCGCUCGAGAAGAACGGCCUCGUCAUUGUGAAGAUACAGGCGAGGGAAGUGGGCGGGCACGCACCAGCGCGAACGAGCUGCUUGCGAAUCGUACAACGGGUCUGUCGCGUUUCUCGAGCGACACGACCUCUACCCCUCGCGGUCCCCUGCACCAUCGAAGGCGAACGUUCGACCGCGCGUUCACUAUGGAGGGUUGUAGGGGGCCGAUCCACCGCGGCGUGCAGCCCCCUCCUCGCGGUCCCCUCGGCCCCGCGAAGCCUCACUAUCUCCCUGCACCUUCCGUCGACCCACUUCCUUUCGCGUAGGCCCGCCACGAUGAACGACGGUGCCCCGGUCGUCACACUGGCCUCCACCCUCCGCCUUGUGCUCCCCCAGGCCGUCGAACGCAAACGUUCGGAGGCACGUUUGUUUCCGGAGGUCAAAGGGCAUGCCAGUCUGAUCGUUGUCGCACCGGCCACCGCGAUGCCACAACGGCGCCCGGCGCCCUCUUCGCAGUCUCCAGCUCCCUCCGAAGGCCCGCGUCACCUUCCAGCACUCCCAUUCUACCCUUUUCGAUGCGCGUUUGCCUUCCGUGGCGAACGACUGCACCCCGGACCUCCCCUGCAACAUCGAGCGCCGGUCGCUCGACCAGGACCUCCCUCGCACACUCAAACACAAGUUUGCCCAGCACUGCUCGGGCAGUGUAGCCUGCCGUCCGCGAACGACCCACCGCCGUCCCGCUCUCGUCGACGCUGCCUCGCGUUUGCCCUCUGCAGCGAACAACCGCACCUCGAUCAUCUCACCAGUCACCGCGGACCAUCCCCCGAUCCUCUUCGAUCUGUGGAGGCCCUCCGCAGUAAACGACGGCACUGCGGUCCUCAUGCCGGCCACCGCGGUCCAACGACCAUGCCGACCUCGCUCCUCGCGGUCUCCAGGCCCCGACGCUGGCCCGCUAAUAAGCAUAACGGGCCCGCGACUAAGCAUAACGGCCUUGCGACUAAGCAUAACGGCCCGCGACUAAGCAUAGCGGCCGCCCCUCAGCGUAACGGCUCCGCGAUUAAGCAUAACGGCCAGCGGGGCGUGGGAAAGCCGUCGCCCAACAAGCGCCGUUUGCUCUCGAACGCGGCGCGUCAGCACCACGUUCCCUUGGCGACACCUCCAACCUCCACCUCGCGCUCCCCCACGUCGUCGAACGCAAACGUUCGGCGGCGCGUUCGUUCUAGGAGGUCGAAGGGCACCCCCACCUCCUCGUUGUUGCACCGGCCACUGCGGUGCGACGAUGCCGCCCCCCCCCCCGUACUCCCGCACUCCCCUCCCACCUCGGUCCCCCAUCCUCCUCGUUCGCGCAGGGAGCCAACACGCGGACAGCCAGGCGACACCGCGCAGCUGCACGAGGUUGACGGCCUCGCGCUCGCACUCCCACACUCCCCUCACACGUCCACCCUCCACCCUUUUCGUUCUCGUGGGGAGCCGACACGCGUACGGCGAAGCGACAUCGCGCGGCUGCGCGAGGUCGACAGACCUGCACUCGCACCGCACCGCCGCCUCGCACUCCCCUCGCCCCUCACCCCUCCAUUCUCCAACCUCCUCGUUCACGAAGGAAGCCGACACGCGGACGGCAAGGCGACACCGCGCGGCUGCGCGAGGUCGACGGCCCUGCCCUCGCACUCUCACACUCACCUCACACCCAUCCAGCCUUCUCGUUCGCGUGGGGAGCCGACACGCGGACAGCGAGGCGACACCGCGCGACUGCGCGAGAUCGACGGUCUCACCAUCGCACCGCCGCCUCGCACUCCCCUGGCCCCUCGCUCCUGCGCGUUUGACCUCCCUCGCACACUCAAACGCAACGCGUUUGAACGCAAGUUUGCCCAGCACUGCUCGGGCAGUGUAGCCCGCCGUCCGCGAACGAUCCGCCGCCGUCCUCGUCCGCGCGAGCAAGCCACCACCGCCGUCCUGCUCUUGUCGACGCCACCGUCCUCGUCCGCGCGAGCAGGCCACGCACCCCGCGCACCCAGCAAGAGCACACGGGAGCGCGGAGCGCGAGGUCGACGCGGACGCACCACCGCCGUCCCGCUCUCGUCGAUGCCACCGUCCCCUUCCGCGCGAGCCGUCGACGCACGCACCACCGCUGUCACGCUCCCCUCCAACGCCGCCGUCCCAUUCACACGAGCUGGAUGCUGA